AUGUCGUGGUGUUACUGUGCUAAGCCCUUCACCUUGCAACUGCAGUUGCACUCAAGACCAUCAUCUUCAUCAUCGUUCCAUUCCCACGUUGGAGGAGUAACAUCAGCAACCUCCACACUGUCUCUUCGACCCUCUCUUUCUCUUGUUUUCACCCACAAUCUCCACUUCCAACCCAAACUCCAACGCGCUUCCACAACCAUUCGAUGCUCCUCUGCGUUGACACCUCAAUUGAAGUCUACCUUGGAUACAGUUAUUGCUUCAAAUAAAAUAGUUCUGUUUAUGAAGGGAACUAAGGACUUUCCACAGUGUGGGUUCUCAAACACAGUGGUGCAAAUAUUGAAGUCUCUAAAUGUGCCUUUUGAAACCAUAAACGUGCUUGAAAAUGACUUGUUACGCCAAGGACUGAAGGAGUACUCCAGUUGGCCUACCUUUCCUCAACUGUACAUAGAAGGAGAGUUUUUUGGUGGCUGUGAUAUCACUGUUGAGGCAUAUAAGAAUGGGGAAUUGCAGGAGCUGUUGGAGAAGGCAAUAUUGUCCUGA